GGACAGAGAGGAAAUAAAAGCCUGCUAACAUUUCGAGUCACGCUCAUUGCAUGCUAGGCCUUUCUUACUAUUUCAAAUGACGGAAAACCCAAUGGCGGGUAGCAGGCCUAUCUAGGCCUGGGUGUGGCAGUUGGAUUUAACGACUACAUAUAUAUAUCGACAACAAAGCUAAGCUUCGGGACAACUAAAAAAUCACGUCGGUGACUAUGAGGGCCGAAAUAAGAUGUCUGGAUCCAGCCGACGUCCUUCGCGCUCACAAGAUAGCAAAAGAAGCAUAUCCAGCGGAAGAAGCACCCUCCCGAGAGAACCUGGCAAAUCUACACAAAGUUGCCUGUGAUCUGUUCCUCGGCUUCUUUGAAGAUGACAAGCUAGUUGCCUUCAUAUGUGGAAGCAGAUAUCAUGGACAUCACGUGACCAAUGAGUCGUUUGAAACUCAUCUUCCCAAUGGUGAAACCGUGAUCAUCCACUGCCUUUGCACACAUCGAUCGAGAAGACGAAGGGGAAUAGCUUUGGCCCUCUUGCGGACGUUUGUGAACCACUUGCAGGUGGCAGUUCCCAUAACAAGGCGCAUACUUCUUCUGUGUCACGCCUACCAUAUUCCCGUGUUUACACGAGCUGGCUUUGUUUUUGUUGAUGAAGUGCAAUUAUGUUUAGGUCCUCGCAAGUGGUAUGAACAGGAAUACAUAUUCUUCUCUGCCAACAAUGAAACUAUGACGUUGUUCACAGAAAGUGAUGACGCCUUCUCAGAAACGAUAACGCCUAGUGAACUUUCUACUUGGCCAAGUUCUGGAUCGAGAUCAUCAAUAAUGUCAAUUCGAGAUUCUUGAUGACGGCUACCCCGGACUGUUUUACCGACCAUCAUUCAACUCGGCUAGCCUGAAUUAACUAACGGUCACAGAUUCGCGAGAUGACGUGACUUUUAUCGAAACUAAUCCAUCAUCCAUGGCGUGCGCGGCUUCCAGCGCUCGCCGAUGUAGUGCAACUGUUAUAAUUUAUGGAAGUGACUACUUGGCAAGCCCGGCUUAGAGAGCCGAACUCAUUAAUAUUAAAGUAAAGUCUCCAGCUCGCCAAACAGGGUAGAUUUCUUACUCGUUUGGCAAGCCCGGCUGGCCGAACAGGGUGGCUUUUUAGUGCUGUUUGGCAAGCGGCUCUCCAAACAGGACAAAAAAAGAUGUCUGUUCGGCGAGCGGCUUGCCAAAUAGACCCGACCUAUAAUUUAUACGGGUCAGCGGAUACAUCUUGACCCUCAAUGUAUUGAUAUUGCUCAGCUUCCAGACAACGCGCGUAUGGACAGAUGCUACGGAGGCAAGUCGUCUUUCAUGACGUAAAAAUACAGUAACAGUACUUACAGCAUUGAUUUCGUUUUGUUGUUGUUGUUGUUGUCGUUUUUUAUCAUUCCGGUUCGAUUUCAACAAACUAGUUGGUAAACCCGGAUAUGAAUUUUAAUCGCGAGUUUGUAAGCUAAGCAUUGCCUUUAGCGCUUGCUAAAUUCUAUAGAACAGACGCGCAGAAUAUUUCCCUAUUUUGACUGUAAGUGUUGCAGUGUAUUAAGUGAAAAUGGUAAAAGCACGGGGAAGAGCGAUCUGACGGAAAGAAAUGGAACUCAUCGUUCCAUUGUUAUAUGACGUUCUCUUUGUUAUUAUUUCUUAAUGCUGGUAACGGACAAUUGACGUGCAGCCUGAGAAAGGGACACCGCGGAGAAAAUUUUGAAGAAUAAAAAGAAAUUUGGCAGGUGUCCUAAUAUUUUCACCAGCUCAAUAAAUUCGAAUAAUAUUUAGAACUCUCCCUUGGACAUCCAUUCAAAUCAUCACGCAAUGGAAACAACUAAAAAAAAUUAACUGUACCGUUAAAUGUCAAUUAGAAGUAUUAA